AUGGCAGGCAAAGGCAGCCGGAAGCGCAAAGCAAGCCCGGGCGAGCUACCGACAGCAUAUGCUAACCUGCUGUCGACUCACGCAAGCUUGGAGCGAGCAAUGAUGGUGCAUCUUGCCAAAGACGGCGCAAGAGCUGCUGCGACGGCCAUGGCGUCUCCCACGCCGCCGCCGCUCAUAGACUUCAGCAACCCCACCUCAAGCUUGCAGUCUUCACCUUUGGCGCGUACGAGGACGCCAAGCGGAAGCUCGAUCAUCCGCCUGCCCAAUCUCAUCGCGUUCAAUGACUUGCGACCGCUCGUCGAGAAUGGGACUGGUCGGCGGUUUAGCGAGAGUGAGCUCAGCCAGCUUGUGUGGCUAUGGCAGCUCGCACAGCGUGGCGUGGAUGUCACGAGCCAGAUUGCGUUCGACUCGUCCUGUUCUGAUCAGUCGGAUGACGAAGUAGAUCUGCUCAGCUCGCCAUUGACGCAAGGGCGACGAACGCCCGCUCCCACGUUGUCCAGUCCCAGCGCACGCUUACUAUCCUCUCCCAACAUUCUUGCAUCUCCUACGCAGCAACGCACAUCGCCAGGCUCGAUGCCAUCCUCACCAGACCUGUUUAAUUCGACCCCCUUUGAGCGUAGACAGCGGCAACGUCAGAUCAGCGAAUCCUUGCAAUCCCGCUCAACAUCGACAGGCGGCAUGGGCUUCUUGGUCACCGUCAUGCGCAAACUAGACCGUCAGACGGGUCGCAGAGUCGCAACUUGGGGACUCGGUAUUGAACUCAAUGUCAAGCGAAAUGUGCAAGUAGCCGAAUUUGAACUGUUACAAGAUGCGGCACCGCUUUCGAGCUCAGACGAUGAACAAGACGUCCAGCAAGCUCGUGCAGAGUCAGCAUCGGGCAGACCUCGCGAUGGAAUGAGUGUCAUCGCGCUCUGGUCUCAGGGAGCAGCAGCUCGCAAAGAUCUCAUCUCGCGACGGCUGCGACAUUGGGCGAAGCCUUACAUACCUCACGCUAGGCAUGAAGAGGCGCAAGACGUCACUCUCCUGGACUCAGAUCUCAGCAACCCGAGCACGCCUCGCAAGCGGAAGAUCACCGACAUCGCCUUGCCAACGCCGCCAGAUUCGAGAAAGCGCUCGCGUCUCGUGCCUCCAGAGAUCCCUCGAGCUCGUCUGCCCGACCUACCUGCCGCAGUGCCCGUCAGCGCAAACACACGGCUCACGCGAGACGACACUGACGAUACACCAAUCGGUAGACUGAAAGGCGGUAUCAAUCUCAUGACGGGUGAUCCCCUACCGGUCUCGCCACCAAGCUCGCCUACAAAGGGCGGAAAUGUAGAGACGCGCAAGAUGAGCUUGUUCGAAAGGAUCAAAGCAAAAGAGGCCGCUCAGAAUGUGAGGUCGAAUGGCCAAGCUGUCAGCCUGGCUUCGCCGACCAUGCGCAAAUCUUUGCAAGCAGCACCGUCGUCCAGUGCUAUGCAAUCCGCUGCCCUACGCCGGCGCAGCAUGCUCAGCCGACUAGCAGAUGUAGCCGACCAGAUCUACAUGUUGUUCAAUGCUGGUGGUCACGCACCGGCUUCACCUUCCAGCUCCAAUCCGACGCCGCCAACGCGCAGGAGACGCGCUAUACCCUUUUGCGAAGUCGCCAAGGUCGUCUCGCAGAGCUCAAAGAUCUCUGUCUCGACCUUUGAAGCCAACGACGCCUUGCAAGCGUUGUGUGCGCUCUGUCCAACAUUCGUCGAGCAGCGCAAGAUCGACGGACAGUCUUGGCUUGUUAUGGUCUCGCCAACAAACGAGAUCGAGCCAAUGACGCUCAAAGAAGUCAAGGAACGCAUCGCAAUCACGCUCGCCGCUUGA